UAAAUACAUGUGUUGUCUCCAUACAGAUUCCCAAGUCUCUGAACCUCCUUGCUUCUUGGGAUGAGUCAGUGUGAUUCCAUGCACAUCUAUUUACAUCUCUCAUAAUAAAAGAAUCCUGUAAUAAAUCGUCUGUUAUCCAAUUUCCUUAAGUUUCUCAGAUAUCCCUUUUCAAUGGAAAAAGAUACAGGAAACAUCAGAUAUGAUGAGGAGUUCAUCUUGAAUUCAAGAGGAUUGAAGCUAUUCACAUGCAGAUGGAUUCCUGUGAAUCAAGAGCCAGUAGCUUUGAUCUUUAUCUGCCAUGGCUAUGCCAUGGAGUGCAGCAUCUCUAUGAACAGCACUGCACAUCGUCUUGCAAAGGAAGGAUUUGCAAUUUAUGGAAUAGAUUAUGAAGGGCAUGGAAAAUCUGCAGGAUUGCAGGGCUAUGUGGAUAAUAUGGAUAAUAUUAUUGAUGAUUGCACUAGUCAUUUUACAAGCAUAUGUGAGAAGGAAGAGAACAGAGGGAAGAUGAGAUAUUUGCUUGGAGAGUCCAUGGGAGGAGCAGUGGCUCUGCUUUUGCAUAGGAAAAAGCCUGAGUUUUGGGAUGGUGCAGUGUUGGUGGCACCCAUGUGUAAGAUAGCCGAAGAUUUGAAGCCACAUCCAGUGGUAAUCAAUGUUCUCUCAAAGCUUAGCAAUUACAUUCCAACUUGGAGAAUAAUCCCUUCUAAGGAUAUUAUUGAUCUUGCAUUCAAAGUACCUGAAGUAAGACAAGAGGAAUAGAUUCACAAUAAAUUUGUACUUAAAUUUAGUCCACCAUGAACAUAAAUAUAAUCAUGUAGGACUAUACAUUUAAUACGUGAGUCCCACUAUAUUUUAUAUCUUGAGUCUACGUUAAAUCGAGUCUAGAUAAAAAAAAUCAUUCAUUCACGAUCACUUGUUCUGAUAGUUUCUUGAUUUAAUUUCUUGAUAUCUUGAAUCAAUCAUCGUCAUUUUCAUAUAAUAAAAUUGCAGAUUAGAUCAAACGCAUAUUGCUACAAAGGACGCCCACGCUUGAAAACUGGAUAUGAACUAUUGAGAACUACUAUGCAAAUUGAGCAAAAGCUUCAAGAGGUUUCAUUGCCAUUUCUGGUUCUCCACGGCAAAGACGACAGAGUGACCGAUAAAUCUGUUAGCAAACAACUGCACAAUGCAGCUUCAAGCACAGACAAGACCAUCAAGCUAUACCCAGGAAUGUGGCAUGGGUUGCUUUAUGGGGAGCCAUUGGAAAAUAUUGAGAUUGUUUUCAAGGAUAUUAUAGAUUGGUUAGGGGAAAGAGCUGGCCUUGGAAAUACAAGAUUGGAGAGAGAGACAAAACAGAGAAAUGAUGAUCUAUCAAAGUCUGCAUAAGGAAAAUAAUGCAUCUAAUAUAAGUUCGAACUCAUUUAAGAACGAGUUUAACAAUGUUAGAUUAAAUAUUUGUAUCAAAGUGCACAUUAAAUAUUUGUAUUGAUGUGUGUGCAGAAUCAAUUAAAGUGUGUCUAUAAAGUGCAUAAAUCUAUAUGCAAAUAUUUAAUCUAACAAUUGAUGAGCUCAU